AUGUCUAGAGAGGAAGUAUUAGAAAACUUAAAUACUAUUGUUGAGUCAGGACUCGAGUUUGUCCUCGAUAACGAAGAAGCUAUAGUUAUCUCUAUUUUGGUGGUAUGCACAACUUCUAUUGCUGUCGACUUUAUAAGACUAAAACAGGAAAACCCUAAGACUUCAUGGAAGAGUAUCGUAUCCGCCUUUUUUCCUAGUGUUUUAGCCACGGGCGCUGCUAUUAAGUAUAUAUCUGCUACUUUCCCCACCACUAAUCAAGUGCUCUUCUUGCUAGCUGUGUUGGUGUCAGCAAAGCUCAGCAAAUGGGUUGACUUAGAAAGAAAAGUGAAGCCCUACGUAGAAGAGAGCGUUCUUGCAAGAUUGGCCUUGAAAAAUUACUCUAGGUUAACGGGCUGGUUGAAUUUUGUACCAAAUUUCGGUUACUAUAUCUGGUUAUUGAUUGUUUGGGAAUGGCUCAGAAGAGGUGAUAGAGUAGAAGAUGAUAGAGUUAAAAAUAUUUCCCCUGUGCCUAAUAGUAAGCUAAGCUUAUCACUAGAACUUGGCCUGUUUGCUGUUAUCUUAAUCGAUCAGCUUAUAUAUUUAAAGAAAAUCUUGUUCCAAUUCAAGAGGAAGGGCGUUUUCGGCAAGUUUAUCACAUUAGUUUACUUCCUUUUGGCUGCUACGUUCUUACUGCCACCAGUCAGCUUGAUAUCCAGAAGGUUGAAAGAAGAAGGAGUCUUUUAG